AUGACGUUCCCAGAGGAGAUUUGGACGCAGAUAUUCUCCCACUUGAUCCCCCAGAAUGAUCCUCUUAGCGACGAGAAAUACUAUCCAUACCGGCCUCUCCGCACACUAUGCCUCGUCAGCCGCCGAUUUCGCCGCCUUGCUCAGCCAAUUCUCCAUCACACGGUCUUCAUGGUGGAUGACAAGAACUGGAUUAACCGUGAAAUAAAACUCCUAAGGACCCUGCACCAGUCCCCUUCUCUGGCCCGCGCCGUUCGCAGCCUGUCCGUGAUUAGCUUCCCCAAAUUGGUGGAGCCUCCGACGUUUCCAGGCGUGGCGAAGCUUGUGGAGGACGUGCUUCGAUCUCUAGACAUCCCAUCUCUCCUCAAGCGCCAGCUUGAGAUUAAACCCUUCUCUAACGAAAGCGUGGACGGGGUACCGAUGAUCCUCGCACUCACCACAGCGGUCCAGCAUGUUGAUGUCACCAUCUCCGACUCGCACUGGCAUAAGCGCAUUGCCCACCAGCUAGCAGGCUCAAUGCAGCCAGGCGAACCAGACCCGAGUCGUAACUACUCACAUUACGGAUUGCCGAAUCUCAAAGACAUCUCUAUCAACGCCAGAUAUAGCCCGGUGAAUACCGGAAUUACCUCCGUGGAACCUGUGCUACGACGCUCAGAUGUCACUAGUCUACGUCUCGCAUGGGUGAAUUGGCACUCAGCCUGGGAAGAAACUGUCCCGAGACCCGGCAAUAAUUUCAGUCUGCACUCUCUCAUCCUUGAUAACUGCGUUGUGGAUGAGGUUACUCUCAAGGACAUCUUAACAUGGUACCCCAAACUCCGACGUCUGUCUCUCAACUGUGCAGACGGCAACUCAGCCAUCGUGCCUACAGAUGACGAGGAUGACGAAACCCCUUGGACCUGGCGCAGUAGCCCCUUCGGAGAUGUACUGAGGGAGUAUGGAAAGUACCUAGAAGAGUUUACUCUUUUGACGGAUUAUCACCGUGAGCGCAGCUAUGCACACGGUAUCGAAGACGAUGAGACUGUUUUGGGUUCGCUCCACGAACUUCCAUCACUUCGUAAGAUGGAAGUCAGCUUCCAGGACUUGUUUGGAGACGAGGAUAGUGAUGGAAUUGUGAAUAUGGACAUGAACCUGUUGCCUCCUAAUUUGGAGGAGAUUGUCAUCCCAAGUAGCCAUGAUGCCUACUUUGACGAGGCGAUAGCUGUGAUACGGAGCAACUCAUUACCCAAGCUUCGCCGGGUCACUCUGCGGUUUACAUGUCGCUGUCUUUGGGACUUGAGCGCUAUUCCGGAUGAAGAGAUCCCUGGGUGGACGUACUUGGAAUGGAAGUUGCUUGAUAAGAGGCCUAUCAAGGUUCGUUGUCUGAAUUUUGUUAAACUUCCGAUUGAGCAGAAUGCACUCUAG